AUGUCCCCCAACACCCUCGAAUCAAUAAAAUCCUACUACAACGCCCGCGCCCCCGGUUACGACACCGAAACUAACUUCCAUCCCCACCAAGCAUCCGACUACCUACACUGGAUCUCCCCCAAACCCGGAAUGCACAUCCUCGACCUCGCCUGCGGAACCGGCGCCAUCACCCUCCCCUUAAAACGCGCAGUCGGUCCCACAGGCCGCGUAGUAGGCGCCGACAUCUCGGAUGUCUCCCUGGAGAUUGCGCGCUCCAAGGCUGAGGAUGAGGGAUUGGACAUCGAGUGGGUGGAAUGUGAUAUAAGUACCAUCUACGCUGUGCCGGGAAUCGAAGAAGGGAGUUUUGAUGUGGUUUCUUGUGCGGCUGCGUUGGUGCUGUUGAAGGAUCCGGGGAUGGCGGUGAGGGAGUGGGCGAGGUUGUUGAAGCCGGGGGGAUUGUUGAUUACGGGUGUUUUGACGGGGGAUACUAUGGUUAGGGGGAUUGUGUUGGAUCGGGUGGCGGAGUAGUUGGGGGUUGAGACGGUGCAUUCGAGGUUUAAGUUGGAUAGUAGGGAGGAGGUUAUGGGUUUGUUGAGGAGUGCUGGGUUGGAUGGUGGUGAGAGCUUUCUUACGGAGAGUUAUGCUGAACCGAAAUAUUUGGAUGUUGAGAAGGCGGGGGAGAUGUUUGAUGCUUUGUUCGAGGAGGCUCCUGUGCCGAGGACCUGGUAUGCGGAUUUGGUGGUUCCAUCUCGAAGGGAGAAAUCAAAGGAGAUUUUUGAGAGGGAAAUGAAAAAGUUGGCUGGGCCAGAUGGAAAGCUUGUGGAAUAUGUUAGGUUUCACAUGGCUAUAGGAAGGAAAGUAUGA